AAGACGAGGCUGAGAGGCCGGAGGAGGUCGCCGCUCCAGCUCACGGGCGUCAAUCACACGGAGUGGCCCCGCCCUUUCCUGCGCAAGCCCCUCCCUCCGCAGACAGCGGCUCUGUGGUUCUCCAGCAGACGCGCAGGGGCUGCAGCGCUCCGCUCCGCCGCUCGUUACCAGCCGCAGAAAUGGGAUAAUACGUCCGAGGGAUUUCCACCGAAUCCUGGAUCUCUGGAGGAGCGACGCGUCUCCCUUUUUCGGGAAUACCGGCUUUUGUCCUCUUUUCUUUCCUCUCUCCGGGAGCGCGGUUUGGUUUCAUUGCACUCCUCGCAGGCGAAGGUACAAUAGAGGGGGGGGACUGGAGAUCCUGAUGGAGAAGCAGAUGAUGGCGCAUCAUGAAUGAGGCCGGGACAACGGGACCAACUGCCCAUCAGAGGUUUCAGUGAGUGGUGGUCGCUGGUCUGGUGCUCUCCUGCUCUCCUGGAAGACCUCGUUUGUGCGGUGUGUCCUCUCUCCUCUGCGUCCUCGCUCUGGAGGCGCGCAGAUGCUGUCAUUGUGCUGAGGGUCCGAGAUUUGUGAGUAGGGAUGAUGCAAGCGAGGAGAGCCCGAGCUGUCUCGUUGUUUCUGUCCGGUAUGGUCACUGAUGGUCGUUUCGUGGUUGAAGAGCACAGCCAGAGCCGUUUAAGACGAGAGGACCACACUCCUGAGGACCGUGAACCAAGAGUGGUAUGUACUCGUACGUGGUUGUCCCUCGUUCCCAGUUGUGACUGCUGAGGUUCUGACGCUUUAAGCACUUGAGAAAACCCCCAGUCAGCCGUCACUCCUCAAAAUCGUCUUAGAACUAGACUUUAAUGUCAACAAUGGUGGAGCCUGUAGGUUUCAUCGAGGCCUGGAAGGCGCAGUUUCCAGAGUCUGAGCCUCCGAAGAUGGAGCUGAGGUCAGUGGGAGGCAUCGAGCAGGAGCUGGAGAAGUGCAAAGCCUCCAUCCGGAGGCUGGAGAUGGAGGUGAACAAAGAGCGCUUCCGGAUGAUCUACCUCCAGACGCUGCUGGCCAAAGAGAGGAAGAGCUAUGACCGGCAGCGCUGGGGCUUCAGGAAGGCGCAGAUGAACGAAGGAGGGGAUCCACAGGCGGGAGGUGGGCCUGACCCCCAGCACCCCCAGCACUCGCACGCGCAGGAGCCUGGGCAAGGGGAGCGCAGCAGGUUCCAGCCUAUAGGAGGUGAGGCCAGGGUUAAACCGCGGCCUCCGCCAGCCAGGAAGUCUGCCUCACAUGGGGAUGGGCUGGAGCUACAAUCAGCCUUUGAGCACCACCAGCCAGGGCAGGGGAGUGAGACAGAUGGGCUUUCCCCAUCCAAACAGAGGGGAGGGGUCUCUCCACGCAGGCCCCAUCCUCCUCCUGACAAGGAGCUCCCCUCAGACCCGUCUACCAAAGACAAGCCAGGCAUGGGACUCGGGGUGGCUGCGCUGCGCUCCAACUUCGAGCGGAUCAAGCGGGCCAACUCUCAUUCGGCCGGGGAUGGCAAGGCAGCCCAGGAGAAGCAGCCUUUCUACACCAAUGUGGAGUUCCAUCACGAGAGGGGCCUGGUGCGAGUCAAUGACCGUGAGGUUUCGGAAAAGAUCAGCUCCCUGGGUACUCAGGCCAUGCAGAUGGAGCGCAAGAGGUCCCUCCACUCACUGCCAGGCAACCUGGCCACGGUGGCCAGCGAGCUGCGGGCCAGGCCGGUCUACAGGGGGCGCUCCAGUGAGAGCACUUGUGGCUAUGACGCAGAGUGUGAAGACGGAGAACCCAACCCGCGGUCCAGCCGAGACGGUGCAGGUCGGCCCAAUGGAAACAAGCCUCCGCCUCCACCGUGGCAGCCAUCAGACUUCCAGCCGUACAGCACCGUUUACGUCGGAGGCGUGCCUGCUGAUGGUGGAGAUGGCAGGGUGGCGAUGCGUGAGCAUGGAGGAGGUAAUGAUGACCUUCACCUCACCUGGCCCCGGCGGUCCUACUCUCCUGGGAGUUUGGAGGACAUAGGGGGCGGAGGAGGUGGCGGCUACACACCCGACUGCAGCUCCAACGAGAACCUCACAUCCAGCGAGGAGGACUUCUCGUCGGGCCAGUCGUCCAGCCACGUGUCACCAAGCCCCACGGCGGCCUUCCGCCGCCCUUUCCGGGAGAAGAGCCGCUCGCCCUCUCAGAACUCGCAGCACUCGCUGGACAGCAGCAGCCCCCCAACUCCGCAGUCCCAGAAACGGCACAGGCAGCAGCAGCACGUGGUGGUCUCCGAGGCCACCAUCGUGGGCGUCCGCAAAACCGGACAGAUCUGGCCACACGGAGAUGGAGACUCCGCCCCCUCCAACCUCAGGGGCCCCCAUGACAACAGUUACCAUGGAGACCUUGAUGGCCCGUUCACGGGCACUCCUCCUACGUACGGCUACGAUGCGGACCGGGCGGAGGAGCAAAGACGUCAUCAUGACAUCCUGCCCUACAUCGACGAUUCGCCGUCCUCCUCGCCGUACCUCAGCUCCAAGAGCCGCAGCAGCAGAGACACACUCUCCUCCGGCUCCCUCGAGUCCGCCAAGUCUGCGGAGCUGGACCUGGAGAAGGGGCUGGAGAUGAGGAAGUGGGUUUUAUCUGGAAUCCUGGCCAGCGAAGAGACUUAUCUCAGCCACCUGGAGGCUCUGUUACUGCCUAUGAAACCGCUGAAAGCUGCAGCCACCACGUCGCAACCGGUCCUGACCGUCCAGCAGAUCGAGACCAUCUUCUUCAAAGUGCCUGAGCUCUACGAGAUCCACAAAGAGUUCUACGACGGACUUCUUCCCAGAGUGCAGCAGUGGAGUCACCACCAGCGUGUGGGAGAUCUCUUCCAAAAACAAGCCAGUCAGCUGGGAGUGUACCGGGCCUUCGUGGACAACUAUGAACUGGCAGUGGAGACAGCAGAGAAAUGCUGCCAGGCCAACACCCAGUUCGCUGAGAUCUCUGAGAACCUGAAGGUCCGAAGUACCAAGGAGUGCAAAGACCAGACAGCCAAGUACUCGCUGGAAACUCUCCUUUAUAAGCCUGUGGACAGAGUGACCAGAAGCACACUAGUUUUGCAUGACCUACUGAAGCACACCCCCUCCAGUCACCCGGACCACCCCCUUCUCCAGGAUGCUCUGCGUAUCUCUCAGAACUUCCUGUCUAGCAUCAAUGAGGAAAGCACACCGCGCCGCCAGUCCAUGACAGUGAAAAAGGGCGAGAACCGGCAGCUGCUGAAGGACAGCUUCAUGGUGGAGCUGGUGGAGGGAGCGAGGAAGCUGCGACAUGUCUUCCUUUUCACCGACCUGCUGCUCUGUGCCAAGCUCAAGAAGCAGAUCGGAGGGAAGAGCCAGCAGUACGACUGUAAGUGGUACAUCCCCCUGUCAGAUCUGACUUUCCAGGCAGCCGAGGAGACCGAGCCCCUCUCCAUACCGCAGGUCCCAGACGAAGAGCUGGACGCCAUUAAGAUCAAGAUUUCCUCCCUCAGGAGUGAGAUCCAGAGAGAGAAGAGAGCCAACAAAGGGUCAAAAGUCAUUGACAGAUUGCGGAAAAAGCUAUCUGAACAGGAAUCCCUGCUGCUGCUGACCUCCCCCACCAUGGCUCUCCGAGUGCACAACAGGAAUGGCAAGAGCUACAUGUUCCUGAUCUCGUCGGACUACGAGCGUGCUGAGUGGAAGGACAUGAUACGGGAACAGCAGAAGAAAUGCUUUAAGACCUUCUCUCUGACCUCCAUGGAGCUGCAGAUGCUCACCAACUCCUGUGUGAAACUCCAAACUGUCCACCACAUCCCUCUCACCAUCAACAAAGAAGAAGAUGAAUCUCCUGGACUGCAUGGUUUCCUGAAUGUAAUCAUCCAUUCUGCCUCCGGACUCAAGCAGAGCUUAAAUUUGUAUUGCACAUUGGAGGUGGACUCAUUUGGCUUCUUUGUGAACAAAGCCAAGACGCGUGUGUACAGAUACACCACAGAACCCAAAUGGAAUGAGGAAUUUGAGAUUGAGCUGGAGGGAUCUCAGACGUUGAGGCUGCUUUGCUAUGAGAAGAGCUACAAUAAAAGCAAGACGAACAAAGAGGAUGUGGAGAGCACAGACCGCAUUAUUGGCAAAGGACAGAUUCCGCUGGACCCUCAGAUGCUUCAGGGUAAAGACUGGCAGAGAACGGUCAUUCCCAUGAAUGGGAUUGAGGUGAAGCUGUCCAUGAAGUUCACCAGCAGGGAAUUCAGCUUGAAGAGAAUGCCCUCAUGUAAACAAGCAGGCGUGUUUGGAGUGAAGAUCUCCACAGUGACCAAACGCGAGCGCUCAAAGGUGCCCUACAUCGUCAGGCAGUGUCUGGAGGAGAUCGAGAGGAGAGGAAUGGAGGAGGUCGGCAUCUACCGCGUCUCUGGAGUGGCCACAGACAUCCAGGCCCUCAAAAAUGCCUUCGACACCAAUAAUAAGGAUGUGUCGGUAAUGAUGAGUGAGAUGGAUGUAAAUGCUAUUGCUGGGACACUGAAGCUCUACUUCCGUGAGCUUCCGGAGCCUCUGUUCACCGAUGAGCUGUAUCCUAAUUUUACUGGAGGCAUUGCCCUUUCAGACAGUGUGGCUAAAGAGAGUUGCAUGCUGAACCUGCUGCUGUCUCUGCCUGAGCCCAACCUGGUCACUUUCCUCUUCUUACUGGAUCACCUGAAGAGGGUUGCGGAAAAGGAAAGCAUCAACAAGAUGUCUCUUCACAACCUGGCCACUGUUUUUGGGCCGACCCUGCUGCGUCCAGCGGAGAAAGACAGCAAAAUUCCUACCAACCCCACGCAGCCCAUCACCAUGGGCGACAGCUGGUCAUUGGAGGUCAUGUCACAGGUGCAAGUGUUGUUGUACUUCCUGCAGCUGGAGACCAUUCCCACACCAGACAGCAAGAGACAGAGCAUCCUCUUUUCCACGGAGGUGUAGACUGGGGGGGGUGGGGGGUGGUGGUGGUGAUGGGGUGUCCAGAAGCCUCUCCGACAGCUCUUCGCCCACUGCACCCUGGAUUGAGGGAAGAGGGAGAACCCUGCUGGACAGUAGCAGGAAUGAUUGGGCUCUCUCUUUUGUCCUCCUUACCGGUCACUAGAGGGCACUGCCGCCAUGGAUGACAAUACUAACUCUCUCUCCAGUGUAUCCUGACGCAGCUUCGUGUUUUUCUGAACGUUAGUCCUCUGCUCUGCCCCUUCGCUCUUCGGUCAGGAACUGUGUAGACUGUGGGCUUAAGGCCAGUGCUGUAUCCUCGUAUCCCUUAUCCCUUACACAAGCCUUCACUCGGUCAGAUCGGCCAGCGACCGUGGACUGCCUCUCUCCGAGUCUACUGCCCCCACACGGCUCGUUUCUUUUUCUUUUAUUGUUUUUCCCGUGCUGUGUCUCCGCCACCCCUCCCGCUGCUAGGUGCUACAGCACUGUACUGCGUCUCUGCUGCUGCAGUUCUAUAGUGCUCCGUGGCAUUGCAGAGUCCGUGUUGAUUUCCACUGCUGGUCGUUGCAGCUAAAAAUAAAGGAGGCUUGCUUAAAUCCA